UUGGACUGCUGAGCAAAGACCUGAGUGGCCUUUCAGCAUGUGGCUCUCUCUCGGCAUCGCCUUCCUUGUAAUGAGCUCAAGUAUUGCAGAGUCAGACCACAUGGAGAUCAGGCUGGAGGGAGGUCCAAAUCUCUGCAGUGGAAGGGUUGAAGUCUUCCUUUCUGGUCAGUGGACAUCUGUUUGUGACGACAGUUGGGGCAUUGAGGAGGCCAUGGUUGUCUGCCGCCAGCUGGGCUGUGGAUCUGCAGUCUCUGCCACACAUGAAGCACAGUUUGGAAAUGGAAGUGUCCCCAUUGGCCUCGAUGAUGUCAGAUGUGGAGGGAUGGAAUCCGCCCUCAGUGAGUGCCCAGCAAGUCCAUGGGGAGAACACGACUGCAGCCACGAAGAAACCGCUGGGGUUAUAUGCUCAGGGCAGCUCUUGGGCUCUGAUCCCAUGCACCAAACAGAGAUCCGACUGGUGGAAGGCCUAAAUAAUUGCAGCGGAAGAGUAGAAUUGUUCCAUCAUGGUGAAUGGGGCAUGAUUUGUGGAGAUGAAUGGGGCAUUGAGGAAGCCACAGUGGUAUGCCAAGAGAUGGGAUGUGGAAGUGCCAGGAUGGAUCAAAGCAGAACAUGGAAUGGGAGUGGAACCGGCCCCAUUUGGUUGGAUGACGUCCAUUGCAGAGGGACAGAAACUGCUCUGCAUCAGUGCUUGGCAAGUCCUUUGGGGAGAUAUGACUGUAAUAGUGGGGAAACGGCUUCUGUUGUGUGUUCAGUAUGGAACCCAUUAGACAGCACACGGGCACUUCUGGCCAGGUUCCAUGCUGACUUAGCGGCAACACAGGAGUCUUCCUGUGUUGCCUUCCCAACAAUGAGGGGAAGUUGGAUGGCGAUGCUUCCCUCCAUGGGAUGA